CAAAGAUGAACCUUGUUUAUAAAAUCUUAGCCAGCCACCUUUUGAUCAUCUUUUUUGCUUCCAAAGCUAGUGUGGAGACUAGUACUUGGGGUGCCCUGGGUGAGCAAGUCUAUUGGGAAACUCCCAUUAAGUGCGAUAACAAUAUAGAAGACAUACGAUUGGAAAAAAAUCAAGUCAAGAUCGCACAGUUCAAAGGAUGCAUCUGGAAUUCCCAGGAGAAGGGGAAAUAUUAUUUUUUCGAUAAUGGAACUCUGAAGAUUGAACAUCUGGAAAACAGUGAUAGUGGGAAUUACUCAGUGAACAUAUAUAACACGACUGGAAAACACGUAUUUGAAGGGAAAUUUGUGUUGCAGAUUCAAGAGAGAGUGUCAGAACCCACCAUCUCAUGGGAUUGUAAAAACAAAACCCUGACAUGCCGUGUAGCAAAUGGAACUGGCACUAAACUAGAACUGUCUCUAAAUGGGAACAAGACCAGCAAUGAUAUGAAGAUGAUCACAUCCAAGUUUUACAUGGAAAAGACUAAAUUCUGGUGCACAGCCAGUAACAACAUCAAUAAGAAAACCAAACAAGGGAAUUUUGAUUGUUCAGAGAAGGGACUGGACCUGAGUCUCCUCCUCGGCAUCUGUGGGGCUGGCGCUGUGGCCUUGCUCUUUGUGGCGCUGCUCAUCUUCUACAUCAGCAGGAGAAAACAGUCGACCCCCGAGAGGAAUGAUGAAGUGGAGAUCAGGGCUCUCAGGGUUCCCACCAAGGACAGAGGCCAGAAGCCCAACCGCGCCCCUGGUUCUGCUCCCAACCCAGCAGCGCAGCUUCCUCCACCCCCGGGGCAUCACCCACAGGCCCCGGGUCAGCGUCUCCAGGCCCCGCACCCGCAGCAGAAGGUGCCUCUCCCCCCAGUUCCCCCGCACAAAGGCCCUCCCCUCCCUAGGCCUCGAGCUCAGCAGAAGCCGCCGCGGGGACCUAAAGAGCAUGCCUGA